AUGGCGGCAACCAAACCCCCAUUCUUCGGACUCCGUGGCACCAGGCUCGAUGUGGCCAUCGCCAUUGUGGCCGGCGUUGACAUGCUCCUGUUUGGUUACGAUCAAGGUGUGACUGGUGGCUUGUUGACGCUGCCAUCAUUCACCUCCGUGUUCCCUGAAAUCUGCACUACCCACGAAUGUACUUCCCAAAUGACGCCAUCAGAAAAACACAAUCGAUCAGUUAUACAAGGAAUCGUGGUGUCAGCUUUCAGUCUUGGCUGUUUCGCCGGAACCAUCGCACUCAUCAAGCUUGGAAACCCAUUGGGCCGCAAGAAGACCAUCAUCUACGGCUGUGCUAUCAUGCUUGUCGGUGCAGUUCUCCAAUUCGCUGCCUACGGCCUCGCACAAUUCAUCAUCGGGCGUAUCAUUUGCGGCCUCGGAAAUGGCUUCAUCACCGCAAUCGUGCCCGUAUGGCAGGCCGAGUGUUCCAAGCCACACAGACGAGGCCUCACCAUUGCUUUCGAUAUGGGUCUGAAUCUGGGCGGUGUGAUGAUUGCCUACUGGGUCGAUUUUGGCAUGUCCUUCACCGAGCCUAGCUCAAUUGCUUGGAGGCUCCCCAUUGCGUUACAGGUGGUCUUCGAACUGUUCAUUAUCGCCUCCAUCUGGAAUCUCCCCGAAUCCCCUCGAUGGUUGGUUCUCCAGGAUCGAGUUAGCGAGGCUUCCGAGGUCCUUGAGGCUCUAUACGAUGUUCCAGCCGACGACCCCGUCGUUCAUAGCCAGCUGCAAGCCAUCCGCGGGGUCCAAGCUGCUACCACAACGAAGUUUAAGGAGGUCUUCACAAUGGGAACUACAAAGAACUUUCACCGCAGCUCCCUGGCUUACUGGAUCAUGGUGUUACAGCAGCUCACGGGUAUCAAUGUCAUUACAUACUACUCCACCACUAUCUAUGAGCAAGAAAUCGGUCUAUCGCCCUAUAUGGCCCGCCUCUUGGCUGGCUGCACAGCUACCGUCUACUUCCUCUCAUCUAUCCCAGCCCUGUGGACAAUGGAGCGGCUUGGACGCCGCACUUUACUGAUGUGCGGCUCAGCCGGAAUGAUGGUUUCGAUGAUUCUCAUGGGUGUCAUGAUGCAAAUUAGUGGAUCGAGGGCCGCCGGUAUCGUGGCAGCUGCCUUCAUCUUCAUUUACCAGUUCUUCUUCGCUUCCACCUGGUCUCCGGCAUCAUGGAUCUACCCUGCUGAGAUUGUCCCGCUAUCCAUCCGAGUCCAGGCCAACGCGCUGUCCGUCUCGGCCAACUGGCUUGUUGCUUUCAUGGUCGUCAUGGUGACCCCCAUCAUGUUUCAAUCCAUCAGUUGGAAAACGUAUAUUGUGUUUGCCGUGUUCAAUUUCUUGACGGUCCCCGUUAUUUACUUCCUCUAUCCCGAGACUGCGUACCGAUCCUUGGAGGAAAUGGACGUCAUCUUCGCCAAGUCGAACGGUCCUCUAGAUGUUGUUAGCAUCGCGAAAAACGAGCCCAAGCAUUUUGACAAGCAUGGAAACAUGAUCCAAGACAUGGGUGCAGAUAUGGAGAAAGCUGUUUUGGGCCGCGUUGGUAACGAGAACCGCAAGAACGAGGUCGCGGAAACGGCUCAUGUCGAAUAG